AUGUCUCUUCUCCAGGGCUACUCCUCGGACGAAGAUAAUGAUACUCUCGGGGCGACCAACGAUGUCUUUGGGCUUUCAUACCUACCUGUUACGAAGAAACAGCGUCUAGUUGUCGAACAAAGCAAUUCUGCGCCAGCUCUACCUGCCGCAGCGCCAGAUGUUCUUGCUGAAGAUCCCAUGAAGCAGACCUCUCUUAUAACGCGACCGACGGACACGCGCAUGAAUGUCAACAUACCGUACUCGGACAUGGUUUUACCCGUCCAAGGCCCCGAAAAUCCGUUCGGGGAUCGCAACCGUUUUCUUAACCAGAACGCGCUCUCUGGUCACGUAGAAGAGCAGGCGAUGACGGAGCAUGCGUUUCGUCAGCAGCAUAUGACGCAUGCUAUCCUUGGUUACUCUGCUAACCCUUCGGUGGACCCGAACGCGCCCGCAGUACUGGGCUCAUUAGACAAAGCACAGGCCAAUAAUUUUGCCACAAUCGGGGCGCUCAAAACAUCCAAGAAGGAGAAAAACGAACUAAAGCGGAAGCGGAAACCGAAGGGUGACCUGGAGGUUGUCGAAGGCGAUGGUGCUUAUGAAGGUCCGUGGUCAAAGUGGGAAGGCGACGAGCCCGAAGGCUUGCCAUUUGGAGAGGAGGUAGACGAUGCUGAGGAAUCCGAGGAAGAGCCGGAGGAGCCUGUACAAGUGAAAAAGGCGAAACCAAAGCGCGGCGCGCCCGGUCUGGAGUCGUCUGUUUACCACGGGAAGUCAAUGCACGACUACCAAGGACGGACGUACAUGCACCCACCUGUUGCAGAGGCACCGCAAAUACAGUCCGAGGCGGGUUCACAGGAAUCGUUUAUUCCGAAGGUCUGUAUACACACGUGGACUGGCCAUACGCAGGGAGUGUCUGUUGUGCGCCUGUUCCCGAAUACAGGUCACCUGCUGCUCAGCGGAUCCAUGGACACGAAGAUCAAGCUAUGGGACGUUUAUACUCACGGCAAUUGUCUCCGCACCUUCCAUGGACAUAUGAAGGCUGUCAAGGACGUAACUUUCUCGAACGAUGGACGCAAAUUUUUAUCAUGCGGCUACGACCGACAGAUGAAACUUUGGGACACGGAGACAGGCCAGUGCUUGAAGCGAUUCAGCAACGGCAAGAUUCCGUAUGUCAUCAGAUUCCAUCCAGAUGAGGACAAACAGAAUAUCUUCCUCGCGGGUAUGUCGGAUAAGAAAAUUAUUCAGUACGACAUCAACUCCGGAGAAAUCACGCAGGAAUACGACCAGCACCUCGGGCCAGUCAAUACAAUCACCUUUGUUGACGAGAAUCGACGAUUUGUCACUACAUCCGAUGAUAAGACGAUCCGUGCGUGGGAUUUCGACAUUCCAGUUGUGAUCAAGUAUAUCGCCGAGCCGCAUAUGCAUUCAAUGCCUGCGGUAACAAUACACCCCAGCAAAAAAUAUUUUGCCGCCCAGUCUCUUGACAACCAGAUUCUGGUGUACAGCACUGAUAAUUUCAGACAAGCACGAAAUAAGCGUUUCGCAGGCCAUUCGGUAGCGGGAUACGCGUGCCAGGUCGGGUUCUCGCCCGAUGGCUUCCUGCUUUCUGAUGAUGAUUUGUGA